AUGAGCCGAUACGGAAACUUUGACAUCAGAGGAAACGUGUUUGUGGUGAGCCUGGCGGUGGCAGACCUGGUGGUUGCAAUCUACCCCUACCCCCUGGUCCUCACGUCCAUCUUCCACAACGGCUGGAACCUGGGCUACGUCCACUGCCAGAUCAGUGGUUUCCUGAUGGGUGUAAGCGUCAUCGGCUCCAUCUUCAACAUCACCGGCAUCGCCAUCAACCGCUACUGCUACAUCUGCCACAGCCUCAAGUACGACAAGCUGUACAGCGACAAGAACUCCCUGUGCUACGUGCUCCUGAUCUGGGUGCUGACUGUGGUGGCCAUCGUGCCCAACCUCUUCGUGGGCUCGCUGCAGUACGACCCGCGGGUAUACUCCUGCACCUUCGUGCAGUCGGCCAGCUCGGCCUACACCAUCGCCGUGGUCUUCUUCCACUUCAUCCUGCCCAUCCUCAUCGUCACCUACUGCUACCUGCGCAUCUGGGUCCUGGUCAUCCAGGUGCGGAGGCGGGUGAAGCCGGACAACCGGCCCAAGCUCACGCCGCACGACGUCAGGAACUUCGUCACCAUGUUCGUGGUGUUUGUCCUCUUCGCUGUGUGCUGGGCGCCGCUCAACUUCAUCGGCCUGGCGGUAGCCAUCAACCCGGACGCCGUGGCGCCAAUCAUCCCUGAGUGGCUCUUCGUCUCCAGCUACUUCAUGGCCUACUUCAACAGCUGCCUUAACGCCAUCGUCUACGGGGUGCUCAACCAGAACUUCCGCAGGGAGUACAAACGGAUUAUCGUCUCCGUCUGCACCGCGCGGAUCUUCUUCCAGGACAGCUCCAACGACGCUGCCGAGAGGAUCAAGAGCAAACCGUCCCCCUUAAUGACGAACAACAACCAGGUCAAAGUGGACUCCGUUUGA